AUGUCAUCAUCAUAUGGUAUAGGUGCAGGUAUCCUUGGUAAAGGUAUCCCAAGUAGGGGAACCACUUUCAAAAGGGGUGCCUAUAGAGGCAUGAAUAGGGGUAGGGGCAGAGCCCGAGGGGGAGGUAAAGACUACUUUCCUUCAUCACAAAGUACUAUGACACAUCCUAAUUUGUCAUGCUCCAAGUUUUACAUCCCUACACAUGAGUCCUUGGUUUCAUCGACGCAUGCAUAUCAGGUUAGCCCAUCACUCCAUCCAACAAAUGGUGGAGAUUCUUCAGCUACAGCUCCCACACAUACACUUGGACUAGAGCUUCCACGAUGGGGGAGCAUAGAUGUUGAUGGGAAGAUGUGGAUACUUCCGGAAUCGGGAGGAAAAGCGUUUGACCCUGCAUCUGCGAUGCAUGACAUAGCCUCAAUAAUAUUGCAUAACUAUAGUGGAGCCUGGAAAACAUAUUCGCAAGUUCCUGAGGAUGUGAAGAAGGAAUGGUAUCGACAGUUUCAGGAAAAACAUAAAUGUCUGCCACAAGAUGAAGAUCAAAUGAGGAAGAGUUUUCACGAAAAAGCUUCAAAUUUAUUGACAUGUGACAUGCACAGGCUCCGAAACGACCUUGGGAAACAGGAUUGGAUUGACAGAAAAAAUUCAGCACAAUUGCAUGAGAAAUGGGACUUUCCAAAUUGGCAGAUGAAGACCCAGAGGAACAAGGAUAAUAGAGCAUGUUAUGAUGGACCUACGCAUAUGGGAGGAUCUAUUCCAAAAAUCGAGUACGAGAAGAGAAGGAGGGAAGACCUUGAAUCAGAUCCAAAAUCAUUAUGCUGGGAAAAAAAUAAGAGGACUCAAACAUUUAAAUCAGACUGCUCAUCAUGGAUUUCAACAAAUGCAAGGGCAAAUGUUGAAGAGUUCAUGAAGCAGAAAAGUGAUCAGGACAAUGCUAUAGAGAAUGGGGAAGACUUGGUCACCCGCCAAUCUGAUAACCAAUUCUAUGUGCAAGCUGCGGGUGGUAUGAAUAGGAAAGGUCGCAUUAACAAUUUGGGAUCAGAGGCAGGGAGAUACAAGGCCUCAAAGAUUUCUACCAACUCAUGUGAAGGAGUGUCAGCAUCUGAGUAUGAUCGUAUAAGAGAGCUGAUCACCAAUUUAGUCACCAAGAAUGAGCAACUCACUAUGGAACAACAAGAGACCAGAAAGUGUAUACAAACCUAUAAUGACCGGAUGCAUACUCAAGAGCAAGAGAUGAUUAUUAUGAAAGAGCAAUUAGCGCAAUUGAUGGCUCAAGUAGUAGCGGGCAUGCAUACCCCUACUUGCUCCUCUAGUGUUAAGCCUACACCUAAACUUGAGGAACAAAUCAAGAAUUGUGAUGAUGUUGAUAAUCAUGAUGAAUGUGAAUACCUAGCUGAGGAUAGUCAAUAG